GACUCUUUUUCUCUUUUUUCUAUCUCCUUCUUCUUUGUAUCUCGUCUCUCAAGAUCCAGAGGAGUAAGAACCUAAUAAUCAGAAGAAGAAAUCCAAAAAGAAGAAGAAAAAUCAGAAAAUAAGAUGUUGAGAAUUGCAGGGAGAAGAUUGUCUUCUCUCUCAUGGAGAAGUAAUCAAACUGCAGCUCCGGCUUCAGUAUCUUCAUACAGGAAUCUCAUCGGUGGUGGUGGAGAUUCUAAGAUGACUUCUGAUGAAUCAAAAUCAGAUAUUACUAAUUUCACAUCUAGAUCUGCUUUUCUCUAUUCCACCCGAGGGUUUGCUUCUGAUUCUAUUACACAGCAAAUAUCUAACAUUGGAAUGGAGGAACACACCCCAGCAACUCUUGCAGCUCUGAAGAACCCCACCAAUAAAAUAGUUUAUGAUAACUACAACCACGAGCGUUACCCCCCUGGAGAUCCAAGCAAGCGUGCAUUUGCUUACUUUGUGUUGACUGGUGGAAGGUUCGUCUAUGCUUCCCUGAUUCGUUUGCUGGUCCUCAAGUUUGUAUUGAGCAUGUCUGCAAGUAAGGAUGUGUUGGCCCUGGCCUCUCUUGAAGUUGAUCUGACAAGCAUUGAGCCUGGCUCUACUGUGACUGUCAAGUGGCGUGGGAAACCAGUUUUCAUCAGACGCCGGACUGAGGAUGACAUAAAACUUGCCAACAGUGUCGACCAACUCACCCUACGUGAUCCAGAGGAGGACGCAGUUAGAGUCAAGAACCCAGAAUGGCUUAUUGUUGUUGGUGUCUGCACCCAUCUUGGUUGCAUCCCUUUGCCUAACGCUGGGGAUUAUGGUGGUUGGUUCUGUCCAUGCCAUGGUUCUCACUACGACAUUUCAGGUAGGAUCCGAAAGGGCCCAGCACCAAAGAACCUGGAAGUACCUACUUACAGCUUUUUGGAAGAUAACAAGUUACUGAUUGGUUGAUAAACAAUAAGGAAAUACUUUUUCUUUUCCUUUUUUUGUUGUUGGAUCGGUACAUCUCAGACCAAUUUUUCUUUCAGAAAAGUUCAAUCUUUUCAUUUUUUUUCCUUCAAGAAAAUAGUUUGAGCCUGUUAAUUAAGUUUCUUAUAUUACAACUUGGAUUCUUGUAUCGAUGAAGUUAUGUCUGGCUCUGAAUUCUGAAUAAUUGAGGUGGGUUUUGAACAACUGCAUAUAUAUAUGUACAAGCUAUUAUUCCACCAUCAACACUUUAUUGUUGUUGCUUGUCAUUCAGUCUGUUGAAUAAUACUAUGUGGAUUGCCAAUUUAGUUA